UUCAUUCCUUUUGGGCGGGUUUUAAGAUGUCAUUGAGCUGGUUUAUUUUUCUUUGACCUGGCAACCCUGGCUCAUGGUGAGAAGAGUCAUGCAGUCUAAAAGCAACAGCUGCUAUGAACAAAGACAUAGAGGAACAUUACAGAGCUGCCCUCAAGUUCAUCAUAAUCACUACAGACCACUAUAAUUUACAUCCACAAUACAGUUUGUCUUCCGUUUUAAAUGUAUAUUGUUUUACCAUUACAAACAUCAUACAUUUCUUGAUGCCAAAUGCUUUGGUUAAAAUGUGUGUGUGUGUGUGUGUGUGUUGUUGCUUUUUGUCUCUCUCUCUUUCUCUCUGUAUAACACAUCCUUCUGCAACGACAGUCUAAAGUCGAAUCAUUUAAGGGAAAUGUACUGUUUGACUAUGAAUAUGGAAUUCAAGCAAUGUGAAAUGAACAUUGUGUCAUCUUACAUAAUAAAAUUUUAAAUAUUUAUUGCUGAAAUAAAUGUGGAGACACAAAGGUAGCUAUGUAAAGAAGCUAUUUGUUCCAUUUCCCAGUAGUAAAGAGAGGUAGAGUGGGAUGUGUGUUUUUGCAAGAUGUUACAGUAGAUUUACUCAUUUUGUCCUUGCAUCACCUGUUUACGUGGAUCUCUGUGCUCAUUCUGAAGUUACAUCAUAAAACUUUGAUCAUCCCUCCCUCCCCACAUCACUAAACUUUUCAGCCAGACCCUCUUUAACCAAUCACAGAGUUCUUCAUCUCUCUUCAUCUUCUUGUUGACCUGAUGGAACUGAAUUGAUUGGUUUUGACCAUAAUGUCCCACCUCUGUCUCCCAUGAGAAAACGUUUGUAUGGAAAGCACGAGAUGGCUGAAGACACAUCUGACUUGUGUGUCGGUCAGACGCUGGCAGGGACCCAACUCGAUCCACUCCAACUCUGUCAGAGACUGACAGUCAUACAAAAUUAUAGCAAAAGACGACUUAGUUGAACUUUGAUCAUGGAUAACGUUUCUGCUUUGAUUCUAAACACAAGCAUUUCUGGGUGGCGUCGUCCACUGUGGUACAUGUAUGAGGAGUGUGCUGUAGCUCCUUACGGGUUUAUCUUCUACUUCUCUGUCAAAGUAAUUAAUCUCAUUGUAGGAUUCCCAAGCAACGUCCUUGUGAUGCGGCAUAUUUUGACGAAGAAAAGUGAAGGCUCAACCUCCGACAUCUUCUUUUUGAACCUGUCCAUUAUAGAUGCAUUUUUCUCCCUCAUGACGGCUCUAGACUUGUUUAACCGCCUUUACCUGGAUGAUGAAGACGUCUGGUACUUUCUACGCUUCUCAUAUGGCGUGAAAGACAUGGCCCCCCUAUUCCUCACCUGUAUUUGCCUUGACAGGUACAUCGCCGUGGUCCAUCCCAUAGUAUUCACAGGGAUCCGAGACAAUCGUAUCCGGAUGGGCGUCUCUGUGGUGGUGUGGGGACUCAUCCUACCGUUCGCGUUGACCAAGUCCAUCCUGGGGACCAGAAGUGUAAACGAGGUGUUAGGGGGAGUCAUCCUGUUUGCAUUGUUCCUGAUGAUCUUCUGUAACUUGUCCAUCAUCUGGGUUCUCAGGAAGAGCGUCGCCGGGAAAGAAGUCAUGAAUCCGGGCAAAAAGAAGGCCUUCAAAACAGUGAUUACAGUUCUCACUCUCAUUGUGGUGAACUAUCUUCCUCCAGUGGCUCUAAUGCCGUUUUCAUACGCUUACACAUUUAGGGAUUUACACUGUAAGAUCAGCGUCUCGGUGUACAGCAUCAUGAACCUGAGCUGUACAAUCGAGCCUCUCCUCUACAUCUCUAAAAUGGAGAGAUCUGUGCUGUGUCGCUGCCUAGAGAGUCCCUCAAAGAAACUUGAUGACAAAUAACGUCUGAAACCCAGCAAAGAGUCUACGUGUAUCUUCAUGUCAAAAUCACAUUUUGGUGUGUCCGGUAGUAGAAGCAAAAACCAUGAAUAAAUGUGCAGUGUUCAAAUUUUUGUUUGAUAUUUGUGAUGAUGAUGUCUUGUGUACAGUCUGGGUCCUGAAAGAAUCUCAUUGAUGAGUCAUUAAUGUAAUUUACAGCUCAGUGUAAACAAACUUUAGAAAUUGUGUUUUCUGUAAUUGUGUUUUCUGAGUGCCGUGUUUCUGUUCAUCUUCAUCCUCUGUGUUUACCUGAUUUUUCAUGUGUGAUUGCUAUUAACUCUGUUUGAUUAAUAAUAUGACUGUGUAAAUAUAAAGGAAAAGAUCAAAUGUACAAAAACAUUUCUUUACAGUUCAUUUCACAUUAACACUGAACUCUAAACACAAACUUCUCACUAAAACACACAUUUUACACUGCAAUGCACUUGUUUUAUAAAUGUUAAAUACAGGUAGGCAAAAGUUGAACACAACUACAUCACAGUUUUCAUCAAGCAAACACAACAACUCAAAACUGUACACAUUUAUUUUUACCAAUUGUGUGGAUUUGUAACAGUCUGAGAAGUGAGAAGCUUCUUUCAUUGAGAAGUUUGUGUUUAGAGUUUUGCAAAAAGAGUGGAUGAAUUGACAAAUGGGUUAAGGUCAAUGAAUUUGGUUCAGAGAUUGGGGUUUAGUGUUUUAGCAAUUCAAAAAAAACUGCAACUAUAGACAUGAUCUAAUAACUGCAUCCCAAUUGAACUACUUUUCACAGGUCAGCAAGUAAGAUUUCGUCACUAGAACAUGGUCAAAGAAUAAUCAAAUAAAAUUACAAAACAAAAUAAAUACAUUAAAAAUUGAUGUUAUUGUUUGGUUUGCAGCAAGACUAUUGUUUUAACGUUAAUUACCUGCUCUGACUGAUAACAUUAAAACUUGAUUAUUUGUUUGAUUUAA